CAUCAGCUGCUGCUGAAAACAAACGACGUCGACGACGAAAAUUCGGCCCAGCCGAGAAGACUUUAGUGGAGGACAAGGUGUCAAGGUCUUCCUCUCAUCCAAGUCGGCUUCGAACGAAUCCGCAAUCAUGGCAGCGCUAUUGAAAUCCGCCGUAGCAACUGCCCGCCCAGUUGUGGAGAAGAACCUGAAGAUUGCUUUGCACUAUGCUAAAGCUGAAUUGACUCCACCCAAGCCAAAUGAACUUGGCCAGGUUGCUAAGGGAGUCAACAACAUCCUGACUUCAUUCCGCACUGGUCGCUACAAGCAGUUGACUGUCAAGGAAGCUUGGCUGAAUGUGCUUGUUGCUGCUGAGGUAGGCUGCUGGUUCUUCAUUGGUGAAUGUAUUGGCAGGAGACACAUCAUUGGUUACUACAUCCCCUAGACAAUUACCUUUAGCUAUUUGGAUUGUAGAUUUUAUGGUUGUACAUUACUUGCGUUAAGUAACUUCUGUCCCAAUUUGCCAUCUGUUAUUGUUAAGGGAUAUGUUGUCUCAAAUUUCUCCUGUCAGACUUCAAAUUUGUAAUUGGCAUUUUAAUGGAAAUUAAACACAUUGAGAGAAAAAA